GAAAGAGUAGAAAGCGCGUGCCGCCCUCAUUUUGAAGCCAAUAGAAACCCCCAAAAAGAAAACCAGAAAACCUCUCAUUCUUCUUCUUUCUGCAUUGCCCUUUUCCGUAUUAUUAUUAUUAUUUUUUAUCAAUCUAACCAAAAUAGAAAAGGCCAUGGAAGCGAUACUCACAGACUGUGUUCAAAAUAGUCUCCGCCAUUUCAUGUUCAAAAACGCUAUCUUCCUUUGCGAACGUCUCUGCGCUGAGUUCCCUUCCGAGGUGAAUUUGCAGUUGUUAGCUGCUUGCUACUUGCAGAACAAUCAAGCUUAUUCCGCGUAUCAUAUUCUAAAGGGAACACAAACGGCUCAAUCCCGCUACUUGUUUGCAAUAUCAUGCUUUCAGAUGGAUCUACUUAAUGAAGCUGAAACAGCUUUAUGUCCUGCUAAUGAGGCUGGCGGAGAGAUUCCAAAUGGUGCAGCUGGUCAUUAUCUUCUUGGCCUUAUUUACAGGUACACAGAUAGAAAGAAAAGUGCCAUUCAUCAUUUUAGGCUGGCAUUGUCUAUAAAUCCUUUACUAUGGGCUGCGUACGAGGAGUUGUGUGUAUUAGGUGCUGCUAAAGAAGCAACUGUAGUUUUUAGUGAAGCAGCUGCUCUUUGCAUUCAAAACCAGUACUUACAUCAUGGGUUGCCUUCCCCAAAUUUGCAUAUGUCCAGUGAGGACUAUAAUUUGGUUUCUUCCCGGAACUUUGGUUCAGAAGAUGUCAGUCCUAGGAAAUUGAAACACACACAAGGCAAUAACCUCAGAGGUAUCCCUGGUAAUCAUCAUGGGGCAGUUGUGUUGAGUGGUGCUGCUUCUCAGCCCCAAAAUGGUGGUCCUUCAAAUAUGUCAUUUUAUAAUACUCCGUCACCAAUGGCUUCACAGUUGUCAGGAGUUGCUCCACCACCAUUGUGUAGAAAUAUGCAGCCAAAUGGUUCCAAUCUCAACACAGUUAAUACUGAUGGUUCUCCAAGGUCCAUUGUGAACUCUACCAUUCAAGCACCUCGAAGAAAGUUUGUUGAUGAAGGAAAAUUACGAAAGAUUUCUGGGAGGCUAUUCUCUGAUUCUGGUCCCCGUCGAAGUACAAGACUCACUGGAGAUACUGGGGCCAACACAAAUGCAAAUACUGCAGCAGUAGCUGGAAAUGGGACUAAUAACUCUUCUAAAUACCUUGGAAGUUCUAAGUUGAGUUCUGUUGCUCCUCGUACUGUGACAGUUCGUAAGGGACAAUCUUGGGUGAACGAAAAUAUUGAAGAAGGGAUAAGGAAUGAGGCAUUUGAUGAUUCUUGUGCAAAUGUAGCAUCAACAACUUCUAGUUCAUUUUCUUCUGAUAAUGUUAGAUCCCUUGACCAUGAUGGGGCAACUGUUCUGGUUGGUGGGGUUGUUGUUAGUGGUGCAAAGGCCGUAAGUGGUGCUUCAGAAGUGCUAUGCCUUUUAAGAACCCUUGGGGAAGGCUACAGACUUUCUUGCCUGUACAGGUGUCAGGAUGCAUUGGAUGCCUAUCUGAGACUUCCACAUAGGCAUUAUAAUACAAGCUGGGUGCUGUCCCAGGUUGGAAAGGCACAUUUCGAAUUGGUAGAUUACUUAGAAGCUGAUCUGGCAUUUAGUCUUGCCCGUCAAGUGUCUCCUUACAGUUUAGAAGGAAUGGAUAUUUACUCCACUGUUCUAUAUCAUUUAAAGGAAGAUAUGAAGUUGAGUUACUUAACCCAGGAACUGAUAUCAACUGACCGCUUGGCUCCUCAAUCAUGGUGUGCCAUGGGAAACUGCUACAGCUUGCAGAAAGACCACGAAACCGCCCUGAAAAUUUUCCAUCGAGCUGUGCGACUGAAUUCAAGAUUUGCAUAUGCCCACACCCUUAGUGGUCAUGAGUAUGUCGCUUUAGAGGAUUUUGAGAAUGGAAUCAAGAGCUACCAGAAUGCCCUUAGGAUUGAUUCAAGGCAUUAUAAUGCCUGGUAUGGUCUAGGAAUGAUCUUUUUUCGUCAAGAGAGGUUUGAGUUUUCAGAGCAUCACUUUGGAAUGGCUUUGCAAAUAAAUCCAUGUUCUUCUGUUAUAAUGUCUUAUCUUGGAACCACUCUUCAUGCCUUAAAGAAAAGUGAGGAUGCUAUCAAGAUAAUGGACAGGGCGAUUUUGGCAGACAGAAAAAACCCUCUUCCCAUGUAUCAGAAGGCUAAUAUACUGAUGAGCUUGGAGAAAUUUGAUGAUGCGCUAGAAGUUCUAGAGGAACUUAAAGAGUAUGCCCCUCGUGAAAGCAGUGUGUAUGCUUUGAUGGGUAAAAUCUAUAAGCGGCGUAACAUGCAUGAAAAGGCCAUGCUUCAUUUUGGUAUUGCUUUGGAUUUAAAACCAUCUGCAACCGAUGUUGCUACAAUUAAGGCUGCAAUUGAGAAGUUGCAUGUACCGGAUGAAUUAGAAGAUAACCUGUCAACCGAAUGAGUUUCCAGAAGCAAAGAGGAAGAGAAUCUCCUGUAAAUCUUCUGGCUUGGAACAUGUUUGCCCAGAGAGAUUGGCCCUGCUUGUGCUUUCGAUUGGUGCUGAAUAAAAUGGUAACAAUCUUGAAGGCCAAUUUAUUUGUGCAGUCAAACCUGAUAAAAAGAUCUUGUGGAAGUGAUCCGAGUUUUGUGGGUGAUUCAUGUACUGAAGGGGGACUUGAUUAACUAAAUUACUGAUGGCUGCCACACUUGUAUCCCAUAGUUGUAACUAAAUUACUGAUAGCUGCCACACUUGUAUCCCAUAGUUGUAUUGCCAUGCCUGAGAACUGGGGCCUGUACCUUUAGUUUGUUCUCGUUUAUAAUUAUAAUUUGAUUCACCAAUGCUUUGAGGCAACAUGAAAUUUAGUGUUGGCUCAUAACUCCAUUUCAAUUCUAGUCCAUCACACACAUUCCGCAUCGUCACCAGACUUGAGCCAGUGGAUUCGGGUUCAGAUUCAUAUCAUUUUAAAUAUUUAUUAGAAUAAUUUAUCAUGAAAUUACUUUUGGAGUCCAAAGAUAGAAUCUGAAUUAUAAGGUUAUUAAAUCAACAAGUGGUUAGUUCAAUCGGUUGGUUCAAUUAAUUAGGCUCGUUUUUUUUUAUGAAGAGGUUUCUGAUUCGAGUUCUGUCAGUGGUAAUUUGUUAGAAUCAUUUUGAAUGUACGACUUGCAGUUAUUUGUUUUAAAUUUUUAGAUUUUAUCCUGAUUUGAGGUAUUUGUCUUGUUAGAUUUUAUCCUGAUUUGAGGGACUGGGUAAUUUAUCUAUUUUUGAAUUUUUUUUACCAAAAAAAAAAAAUUAUAAGGUUAUUAAGGCUUUAAUCAUACUGCUAUUGUUGGACGACUUGCAGUCACUUGUUUUAAUCUG